CGCGACGCGCGCGACGCGAGCGAGCGCUCCGGACGCGAGCGAGCGCGCGAGCGCUCCGGACGCCGCGCCCGCGACAUGCUCGCCGCGCGCGCGCUGCACACGGCGCGAUGGUGCGCGACGCACGCGCCGACGACGUCAUCGCGAUUCGCGUCGAGCGCGCGCGCGAACGGCGCGCGCGCGACGACGCUCUGCGCGCCGCGCGGACGAGACGCGCGACGCGCGGGACCGGGUCGACGUCGCGAGCGUCGCGGGCGGGACGCGCGGCGAUGGAACGACGCGCGAGGGUUCGCGCGCGGCGCGAGGGGCGACGACGAGGACGAGGACGACGAGGAGGCGGACGACGCGUCGGGGUCGUUCGACGAGAGCGCGCCGAGGGAUUGGGCGGGAAAGGUGCGGUGGAUGCCGGUGAUGGACGUGCGAAGGGAGACGGAGGAAUCGCCGACGCUCGCGGAGGGAGAGCUGGUGAUGCCGAUGUUUCCGCUCGGGAGUCACGUGUAUCUGCCGGACACGGAACACGUGCUGAAUAUCUUUGAACCGAGGUAUCGAAGCAUGUACAACGAGAUUCUGUUCAACGGCUCGCGGAGAUUCGUGGUGCCGAUGUGCGCGCCGAACGAGCCGGGGAAGUUCGCGUCCGUCGCGGCGGUGUUUUACCUGGACGAUUUGAAGGAGGUGAGCGAGCAGACCAACGACCAGGUGAAAUUCGUGUGCUCGCACACCGUCAUCGAGCGCGUGCGAGUGGUGCGGUCGCUGAACGAUCGCGUGUGGGGCGAUCGCAGCUCGUUCUUGAAGGUUGUCACGGAAAAGUUCGAAGAUUGCGACUUGGACGACGAUUUCACGAACAAGGAGACGGCGCUCGAGGAGCGAUUCCGCGCGCUCAUCGACAUGCAAGAAAAAGUGGACGAGCCUAUUCGAUUCACCAAAGACGUCGAGCUCGCGGCGCCCAUCAGCGCCAAGCGCGGAAAGAUGGGAUUCUGGCGCUUGGUCAACCUGUGGCAAAGCUUGCUGCAAAGCCGCGUGACGCAUCGCGAGAACGAAUUGCAAGCGGGGAUUCAGAAAAUGUUGCGCAAGUUUCUCGAAGACUCGGGCGUCGACUUAUCCGACGGCCGCCAACUGCAAUUAUCUUUCGAGAGCAUUCCGGACGAUAUCAGAGCUGAGAUUCAGCGCAUGAACGAACAAUACGGCGAAGAACGCGUCGAGCUGUUGAACUCAGCCAUCUACCCGUUCCAAUAUCUGGUCCAGAUGGACUCGCACGCGGAGCGCUUGGAUUACUUCGGCGAACUCGUAUCCGAAGAAGAGAAGCGCCUGGCGGCCAAGAACACCCUGCGCGCGAUGUUCGAAUCCACAGAGUGAGUAAAC